GCCUAACUACAUGCGAAAUUCCAGGUUUCGAAGUUCGCAUGAACACUGUUUGCGGUGACUCCUCCGAGGAACAUGAUGAUGAUAAUUCAUCACACGAGAGUGGUGUCAAAUCGAACUGUGGAAACCGAUGUCGAUCACCCGACGACGAUCACCCUUGUAACGGCGGAAUUGGUUCAACCAAUUCGGAGGACGAUCCUGAGAAACCAGCCGAAGAGACUGGACCAGUGAGCGGAUGGCCAUUGAAGUACGGCUGGUACGAACUUGCCAGAGGGGAAUGUUUGUUCGGCCCAACGCGAACAAAGCGCAGCUGGAUUACAUGCACGUCGGCAAUUGACAACGCCAAAGGUAUCGGAAACUCCUCAACUAGCUAA